AUGAGUAAAAGAUCAGAUUUAAUAAAUUUAGGAGAUCCUUUACCGUUGAGUUAUAAGCCUGUAAGGCAAAGACCAAUUCCUAACCAAAAUCAAGAUCAUCAACAACAACAAGAACAUCGACAAGUUUCGAAUCCAAUUCCGAUCCAUAAUACUAAUAUGAAUACACUGGUAUCUUAUAAUACUAGUCUACGACUGUUCACAUCGGGAAACAGACCAUAUAUACGAUCGAAUCUUACCACUAAAGAAAGAGUAAGAAAUAAGUUACGACAAUUGAUACAUGAAGUAAAUGAAAUUGAACAAAUCAAUGAGAUCCAAUUACUUGAAUUAGAGGAAAGGUUAAAUGGAUUAUUUGAACUUUUACACCAGGACAAUGGAAAACAAUUGGAAAUACUCGAACAAGAAGUAAACGAUGAAGAUGAAAUGAUAACUGAAUUUGAAAACGCAAGGUCAAGUCUACAAAAUUGA